UUAUGGCAUUGACCGCGACAGGAUCAAGAAGAACAUCAUGGCUGUCAAGACCAAAUACUGUCGGAGUUUAAAGAGGAAAGACCUGUUAGUUGACUGUAGAGAUACCGGUAGGACACUGCUUUCUACAAAGUUGAUUGGUAACACGAAAUAUGGAGCUGCCGAGUCCGCUGACCAGUGUCUUGAGGAAUGUUAUCAACUUGCAGGCUGCGUGGCUGUGAGUUUUUGUCCUUUGUGUACGAGGGACAACAGAGGCAGCAAGUGUCAAGUGUUUAGUGCUGGCGACAUCCACAGGGCAGUCACCGACCGUCAGUGGCAGACUAUCAUGUUAGUUGACAAACUGGAGACAUUUGUAAAGCUGCACAACACCAUGGUAGUUGUCAACUCUAGUUCUCUGUCUGACGUCCCUCCUGUCACCUCCGUACAGGACUGCUACCCAUCUUGUAUUCAAGAUACCCAGUGUGUGGCCUUCACCUUGACUGACACUUCAGGUUCAUUAAUUAAAUGCACGCGCCACACAGACUCACCUCUGUCCUUGGCACAGAGAACAGGUGUCAGCGUGUACUUCGUCUCCCCGCUGGUCAAAAGAAUUAUCACAAGUGGACAGACGAGAGGCCUUGCUCCCUCCUCCAUGCUGAACGACUGGUACAAGGCCGCCUGUGUCAUCGACGACGAGUGUCGUCAGGAAAAGUCCAUGUGCUUUCUAAACAGGUGCCGCUGUAGACCUGGGUUCUUCUUCUCAACACGUGACUACACGUGCUCUCAGAAAUGUAGUCCAGCCCACCUGCACAACACCUUCAUGGAGUAUCCUGAGAGCGGACUGAGGGGACACAAUAUGGUGGCACGGGAUGGAGUCAGUUUGCAGACGUGCAGCGACCUGUGUGUCAGCAUCAGAGGUUGUCUGUCCUUUGACUUCAGAGCCACAGGACGGCGCUGUCUGCUUCAUGACCUCACCGCACGCGACGCUCAGUCAGGGUGGUAUCCUCACACCAGUACAGGGUGGACCCACUACCAGAGAAGCUGCCUGCAGUCUCCAGCCUCAUACCCGGGACCAGAGUGGUACAACGCACCCUGCAACAGCCACGCGGAAUGUCCUGACCCUAACAGUCGGUGUGUGUCGGGUAGAUGUUUGUGUAUUGACGGCUUGGUUUACUUGGAAACUGACUCCUCAUGUAGUGAUGCAGAGUCAUGUCGGGACUUGCAGAUAUCGGGAAGGAAGUCCGGUGUCUACUCCAUUCAACUGCCAGAAACCAGAGAGAAACUGAGAGUGUGGUGUGACAUGGACUCUGGCAAUGGCGGGUGGCUGGUGUUCCAGAGACGCCGUGACGGCUCCGUUGACUUCUACAGGAACUGGACACAGUAUGAACAGGGCUUUGGUGACAUCAGCGGGGAGUUCUGGCUGGGUUUAUCAAGGCUUCACACCCUGACCAAAGGGAGACCCACCCGACUGCGUGUAGACCUCGCAGAUGUUGAUGGACAUCGUCACUACGCUGAGUACUCGACAUUCAGGGUGGACGGUCCUGAGACAAACUACACACUGACCGUGUCCGGCUACUCGGGUAACGCGGGUGACAGCUUGGAGUAUAACAACAACCAGAGUUUUUCAACCAAUGACCGAGACAAUGACAAGUGGACUAAAAAAUGUGCCGUUGACCGUCACGGCGCCUGGUGGUACAAUGAGUGUUCCUUCUCAAACCUCAACGGCCGAUACAAGGCUGACGGGGCCUCGGGUUUUGACGGCAACAGAUGGUAUCACACCAACAGUGACGACAGGAGCUUCACCUUCAGCGAGAUGAAAGUGCGACCAGUGUAACACCGACUUGUCUCCUGUACUCUCACUGCUUACACCCUCAGUCUACUCUACACCACACGUGACCCUCGUGAUGUCACCUCAGUGUAGAUGACUGAUCUUUCAAUAUUUUAUUAUAUAUAUAUAUACAGUGCAGCAUAUUCUCCCUUAGUUGUUUUUAUAUUGAUCGUAUUGCUAAAAGAUUAUAACUUGCAAACAUAAACACGUUUUAUUUUUAUUGAUGAAAAAAAAACACAUUAAUUAUCUGUAAAAAUGUAAUGAACUGUAGUCAGACAUAACAGCUGAGAAUACUUAAAGUAUUCUAACACGGUGUCAAAAGUAUACUUAUCAAC